UAUGAUACAGCUUGGCAGAGGCUGAUAAAAUGCUUGGCUUGUCAAACAGAGGUUAUAUGUAAAGCCUAGCUUUUUUUUCUUUCAGUGCCAUUAAAAAAAAGAGAGAGAGAAUAGUUCUGUGGAUAUCUGACCAAGCUCCAUCCAUUCGCCGCCACGGCUGCAACACGCUGGAUACUGGAUGCUUGCGAACGGGGCACGUUUAUCUCUCUGCCUUUAAUAAAAGACAGCCAUGGACUAUGCGGAAAGGCUCCGGGCGGACGAUGCUCACAAUUUUCUUCCAGGCGAUAGUCGGAAAAGCCAUAAAUAUCAAUGUAUCCUGGGUUUUACAUGCAUUUUCACAUUCCUGGUUCUACUGGCUGCUCUCAGACACCCGCUUGGAAAAGAUGUUCCAAAAAUUCAGGAAACAGCUGCAUGGCCAGGUGUUCCACAUGGCCUCUCCCCACCUUCCCGAGACCUUGUUUUCCCACCUCAUCCCCACCUGAGGAAGAAACGCUACACGCUCACCCCAGGACACCUGAAGUGGGACCACCUCAACCUGACAUACAAGAUUCUGUCGUUCCCCAGAAACCUCAUCAACGAGAGCCAGACGAGGAAGGGACUGGCGACCGCUUUCCGCAUGUGGAGCGAUGUCUCGCCGUUCAGCUUUCGGGAAGUGUCGCCGAGCGAAGCCAGCGACCUGAAAAUCGGCUUCUAUUCCAUAAACCACACGGAUUGCUUGGAGUCCCACAUCCAUCACUGUUUCGAUGGGACGACAGGAGAGUUGGCCCAUGCCUUUUUCCCGCAGACUGGUGAGAUCCAUUUCGAUGACCACGAAUACUGGAUCGUGGGGGAGACGAGGUUCAGCUGGAAAAAAGGGGUUUGGCUGACUGACCUGGUCCACAUUGCCGCUCACGAAAUUGGUCACGCCCUUGGGCUGAUGCACUCCCUGGAUCCCAAUGCUCUGAUGCAUCUCAAUGCAACGCUGACCGGGAAAAAUGUCAUCUCCCAGGACGAGAUGUGGGGGAUCUUCAGGCUUUAUGGCUGUAAAGACCGAAUUUUUCUCUGCCCAUCCUGGACUCGGAAGGGCUUCUGCAAGAAACGGACCAAACUAAUGAAGAAGCAUUGUCCGCAGAGCUGCGACUUCUGCUUGGAUUUCCCCUUCCCAACAGCGGUGCCAACUCCGCCUCCUCCAAGGAUGAAAACAAGGACAGUUCCAGAGGGCAGGAACGUCACCCUCCGGUGUGGGCAGAAGAUCAUUCAUAAAAAGGGCAAAGUUUAUUGGUACAAAGAUAAAGAGCUUCUAGAAUAUUCCUAUCCGGGGUAUCUCUCGCUGAAUGACGACCACAUGAGCAUCAUAGCCAACGCGAUCAACGAAGGCACCUACACUUGCAUCGUCAAGAAGAAGUCCAAGAUCCUCACCACGUACUCCUGGAGAGUCAGGGUGAAGCAGUAAGGGAGGCAGGACGUUGCCAGAGCUUUGGACUCUCCGCAACUCAAUAGCGGGUCUGCAAAGCCCAUUUUCUCCUCUCCUGCAUCCAUCCCUUGGCUGCUUUGUUGGGAUGCUGGGUCUUCUUCAACCAGAGACAAUAGCUUCUUUUAAAAAAAUGAAAAGUGUGUAUGGACAAUUAGAAAAGUUUACCUUUUAGCAGUCCUCCUGAUCGUAUAGAUGGGAAGAGCGGGGCUGAUUUUGUACUGUUGAAGGCUUUCAUGGCCGGAAUCGCUGGAGCGUUGUGGGGUUUCCGCUGUAUGGCCGUGUUCCAGUAGCAUUUUCU